GAUGUCUUAGGGGGGCAACUACCUGAUGUUUCGAUAUUAUUGCUUUUACCUAAAUAUAUAUACUUCAACUAUACUUCGACCAUCGUUAGGUGGUUGCCAGCAUUACCAGCGUCCUUCAUCCCUUCCGUGCCUACGGAACUACCCACGCAUGUACCUACUCCGGUACCCAAUUAUAUCCCUGCAACUGUAACGUUUCUAGAAAUCUAGAGCUGCUGAUUCGGCAGUUCUCUCUGACUCUUACUAUCGAUCCAAUUCAUCGACAUCCUGAAUCGAGUCUCUUGAAACCGCCAGACAUAUAAUACAUAUAUACUUAUACGCAUACUCACCCCUUAAGAGGUAGUGAGCUGUAUCUAUUCGAUCACGACGACUCACUUUUCCGAGUCAUUUAUGCGACUACGACUACGACUACGUUUACGAUAAUAAAUACAUCUUCAUAUUCUUCAUAUUCGGCGCUUUACAUAAUUACAUACCUAACUGAGGUACCUUACCUAUUCGAAUUUAACAUAGCAUUCCGACUUCUACAUACGUCUCAUCGUAGACAUGACAUCGACGUCAUCAUCGUGUCCUUGAUCUACUAAACUUAUAAUUCUAUAAUUUACAUCCAUAUCUCUAAACAACCCUACCUAGGUAGGACACAGAGAAUCUACAACAGACACACCCAAGCGCAGCCAUGAAGAACGAUAUAGACGGUUUUCUCAAGCCUCUGUUCAUUGAUGAGGCAAAGGCACACGCACUUGCGCAUGAACUAUGCCGAUCAUUUCAACAUUUAUCCGCCGACUCAUUGGACCAGUUCCUCCCAACCCCGAUAUCUGAGUCGAUAUUACGGCCUACUGCGGGAAGAGAGAAGGGAAGAUAUCUAGCCAUCGACAUUGGUGGUACUAAUUUGAGAGUCGGCUUCAUCGAGUUAUUGGGAAAUGAGAUCGGUGUGAAUGGCAAUGGUGCCAAUAGCGUCGCCAAUGGCUCUAAUGGUGCAAACGGCAGCCUGAAAAACUCGCACUCGGAGUCAUCACCUAAUAUUCGUCGAGUACUCGAGAAGUCGUGGCCGAUCCUGGAAGUCCUUAAGAACGAAAAUGCCGAUUCAUUGUUUACAUGGAUAGGUAGCUGUAUUGCAGAAGUCGUACGCGAAGGGUGCGAGGAAUUCAAUCUACCUCGCGAUCUCGAACUUCCCAUGGGGGUUACAUUCAGUUUUCCGAUGGUACAGGAUACUUUAUCCGAUGCGACGCUGAUGGCUAUGGGAAAGGGGUUUGCCAUCACGACCCGUCUGCAUCUGGGAACUCACUUAAUUAAUGGAUACGAGAAAUCCAAAACCCCGGACUUACCUCCCAUCAAAGUCGCAGCCAUCUUGAAUGACGCAGUUGCGACUUUAGUGUCCUUCAUAUAUCAAUCCAAGGAGGACAGCACUCACAAAGCAGCGAUGGGACUCAUAUGUGGAACCGGAAGUAACGCGACAAUACCCCUGAAGAGAAGCACCCUCCACAAAGAUAAGCAACUCGGAAAAGUCAAGGUUCUGAACGGAGAUUCGACCGAUGACAUGAAGAUCGCGGUGAAUACCGAGUGGAGUAUCAAUGGAACUGCGCCACCUUUGCGGAAGUUUGGCUUGGUCAGCCAGUGGGAUACGAAACUGGAUUCCGAAGGCGAGGCACCCGGCUUCCAACCGCUAGAGUAUAUGACAUCGGGACGAUAUCUGGGCGAACUUGGACGCCUGAUGUUAUUAGAUUAUCUUGAGCAUCACUUAGACAUCCCGGCACACACUUUACCCCCACGGCUCUUAACACGAUUCGGCCUCACGACCACAUUCCUGAGCCAUUUCCGACCACCGAACGCGACUGCACUGCUAGAGAAGCUCGAAGCUGAGUUUCCAUCCUCGACCACAGAUUCUUUUCGAUGGACGGAGGAAAUCGCGCUGGUUUUAUAUAAGAUAUCCAAGGCUAUCGAAGUUAGAGCUGCCGGUAUCGUCGCCGCGGCUGUUAUCGGAUUGCUCAUAUGUGCAGGGGAUAUCCCUCCGCGAGAGCCGCCUCGAGAUUCUACGAAUGGCCAGGCCAAACUAGAACGACAACCCAAGGUUAACCUGAUCGUCGGUUACACAGGAGGUUGCAUCGUGCAUUUUCAAGAUUAUUUGGCAGACUGUCAAAAAUUCCUCGAUGCUAUCAUUGAGGCCGAAUUUGGAGAGGACGCCCCGGUUAGGGUCGUAUUGAGUCCUUGUCACGAUGGUGGAAUUACUGGCGCCGGUGUGUUAUGCGGUGCUUCUCAGGCAAAGUCUCAGGGCACUGGCGUUUAAUGUCAUCAUCACAUUAUAGACUGGGAUAUUUUGGAGUUGGGAGAGGCGAGGCUAUGUUCGUACCAUAGUAGAAGGGCGGAAUUGGGUAUCGAGGUGACCACAACAUCUCGUUAUAGCAACAGUGUUUUCCAUAAGACAUGCAUUUUUUUACAUCUAGCAUUGAUUUUGGUGUUAUCCAUAUUUACACUUUGGUAAACCCUACCUUAGCAUUUGACCAGCAUUUCCUGGAAUGCCUCGUUCUAGGGAUAACAAUAACUUGCGCCACAAGAGCAAAGCUUCAUCUUCAUUUAAGGCAGGUCAAAGAAAAAGGACAAGCAAAACUCGCUUGUCGCGGCAUGAGGCCUGUCAAAAGACCAUGAGCACUGCCACAUUUAGUGCUCGAUCUUGUCACUUCACCUACCCGGCUAGGUUGCCGGUGUCCCCAUGCAGACGAUGGUGAGUGAGGCUCAGACUAGAACUAACUAGGGCGUAUAGGGCUUGCUAUUCCCUAUACCGGCGAACUCCAACGGAGUCAUGGGGCACACCUAACUUACCGAUCCUCGGCGC